AUGUUCUACCGUCUCGGCGCAUUCUACUCACAGUCUUUCCGCCUCCCAGCGCCCAAGCUCACGGAAAAGAACCUACCCGACCAAAGCGGCAAAGUCUUCCUGAUCACGGGCGCCAACACGGGAAUCGGCUACCAGCUGGCCAGCAUCCUGUACGGACACAACGGCAAAGUCUACGUGGCGGCGCGGACGGAAUCCAAGGCCCGCGCGGCCAUCGACCAGAUCCGCCAGGACCACCCGACCUCGACCGGCCAGCUGGAGUACCUGCACCUGGACCUGUCGGACCUGAGCAGCAUCAAAGCCAGCGCCGACGACUUCCUGGCCCGCGAGACCAAGCUGCACUGGCUCAACAACAACGCCGGCGUCAUGUUCCCGCCGGCGGGCUCCAAGGGCGCCCAGGGCCUCGACCUGACCUACCAGACCAACGUGCUCGGGCCGUACCUGUUCACGAAGCUGUUGUUGCCGUUGCUCAAACGAACCGCCGAGGCCGAACCGGCUGGCUCGGUCCGCGUGAGUUGGGCCGGCAGUCUGGCGGUCGUGCUCUACAGUCCCAAGGGCGGCGUGGCGUGGAAAAAGGACCAGACCGAGGGCAACGACGGUCAGGAUACGCUCGACGACGGCGUCAGCCACCAGUCCAUCUAUGGCGUCAGUAAGGCUGCCAAUUGGUUUUUUGCCCGGGAGUUUGCCAGGCGGUUUGGCGAGACUGAUGGUGUGUUGCAUAAUUGCUACAACCCCGGAAACCUCAGGUCCGAACUGCAACGCCACACCGACAGCAACUGGCCCGCCUGGAUGGGCUGGCUGGUACACAACGUCCUGCUCUAUCCCACCGUCUACGGCGCCUACACCGAGCUGUUUGCCGGCUUGUCGCCCGACCUGACGCUCAAGUCCGACCAAGGCGCCUACAUCGUCCCUUGGGGCCGGAAGGACAAUCGUCUGCGGAAAGAUCUGUUGGUCGAGGCGGCCAGCGAGGGAGGCAAUGCGAAGAAAUUGGUGGAUUGGUGCGAUGGGGUUACGGGGCCGUUUGCUUGA